CUUUCAAUCAACAGUUAAUUCGUAUAAAGACUACUUGAUAAUAACCAAUUUAAUACAUAACGGUUUGGUGGAUCUUGGGUCUCUGUGUUUUCCUAUUGUUUUGCUGUGUUUCUAUUACUUUGUUUUACUUUUUUUUUUUGUCCAAAACUGAAAAUUUUAUAUAUUUGCAUAAUCAAUUACUUUAACUAAGAAUGAAAGUCAGUACCAGUGCCUUGGGGGUUAGAAGAAGAAAGCCCACCACUCAGAAUAUCGAUGAUGAAGAAAAUGCCGCCACUUUAAAGUUGGGACCGGAGUUUCAACUCACGCAAAUCACUAAUAGCGGAGAUGAAGAACAAUUAAUAGCAUUAAACUUGUCGGAGGCAAGACUAUUAAUCAGAGCAGCUUUGAAAGAGCGUAAAAACAAAUCAACAGUUGACAACUUCGACGAUGAGGAUGAAGAAAAUGAAAAAGAAGAUGAAAUAGCUAAUAUGGAAUUAGCAGGUCCAAAUUCAAAUGAAAUAAUGCAUAAGACCCUUAAUUUCUUAUCGAAUUUUGCUAGAUUCAAGAAUUCUUCCUCAACUGAAACCGUUGAAAAGUUAUUAAAUGAUUUUAGCUAUCAAGCCUCAGAGCCUUUACAUCCUUUUGAGUUGGCUCAAUUAGGUACUCUAGAAUGUGAGGAUGCUGAAGAAGCUAAGUCUUUAAUCCCAAGUUUGUCUAACAAAGUUUCCGAUGUCCAAUUACAGACAUUAUUGACUGAAUUAAGAAAAUAUCAAACUUUGUCAUGAACUAAUUAUAAUUUUUCUUUAAAUUUCCAUUUCAUUUCUUUCAUACUUAUUUUUUAAAACAUCUUUAAAG